CACAGACACACACAGAAGGUAUCCCUCCGCCCAUAAGGCCUUGCUUGAAGAAGCAGGAUUACGCUAUAUAGACUGAGAAGGGAAUAGAGUAGCAAAGCAACAGCAGCAGUAGCAGCAGAAGCAGUGGCGGAGGGAUUCUAAUAACCAAAGUGAAGAGGCCUCCGCGGCGGCAAGCCUUUGCCUCUCUUCUCUUCACUCUCUCUCUUCUCGAGCGCGCGCUCGACGCCGCCGCCGCCUCGAGCCUCGCCUGCCCUGAGGAGAGAAGAAGAAGAAGAAGGGGAGAAAAGGCCGUUGGAGAGAGAGAGAGAGAGAGGGAAAGGAAGCGAAGGAAGGAGGGAGGGCGGCCAUUCGCGCCGCAAACGCCUCAGGUGGACCCACCCCCUCGGUCCCCUCCCCCGAGCGACCGCCUUGCCCGCCCGCCUGCCUGCCUGCCUGCCUUUUCUGCCCUGCUCUGCUCCCUCCCUCCUUCCUUCUUUCCCCGCCGAGGCUCAUUGGCUUCCUUCCUCUCCUUCCUUCCUUUCCUUUCCUCCCCCCGCCCCCCUUCCUCUCUCUCUCUCUCUCUCUCUGUCUCUCCCUCUGUCUCUUCACCGGGCCGAAGAUGGCAGGCUGGCAGAGCUACGUGGAUAACCUGAUGUGCGAUGGCUGCUGCCAGGAGGCCGCCAUUGUCGGCUACUGUGACGCCAAGUACGUCUGGGCCGCCACGGCCGGCGGCAUCUUCCAGAGCAUUACGCCUCUAGAAAUAGAUAUGAUUGUAGGAAAAGACCGCGAGGGUUUCUUCACCAAUGGUCUAACUCUUGGUGCAAAGAAGUGCUCUGUGAUCAGAGAUAGCCUCUAUGUGGAUGGUGACUGUACAAUGGACAUCAGGACAAAGAGCCAAGGAGGCGAGCCAACAUAUAAUGUUGCUGUAGGCAGAGCUGGUCGAGUCUUGGUCUUUGUAAUGGGCAAAGAAGGGGUCCAUGGAGGCGGAUUGAAUAAGAAGGCAUACUCAAUGGCAAAAUACUUGAGAGACUCUGGGUUCUAGUUGCUAGGCAGACUGUUAAGUAUUAGGGAAAAUUGCUAUUAAACUUUCCUGGCAGAGAGCUACUUUGUGGAAACUUUAUUAGCAAUGCAGGGUGAUGGGGUAUGAACCUGUGUCUCCUUUGUAUCCCUCUGUUGGUGGGGAAAGGUGUUAUUCUUUCUUUUAUUCUGUUCAUCCUUGUUUCCUUGUGUACUCCAGCAUUGGUUAUGGUCAUGGGAAAGGGAAGGUGCCCGUGGAGGGACACUCAACAAGAAAGCUAAUGAACUGGCUUUAUACCUGAGGAGGUCUGACAUCCAAGCAGCCUCUCCCCAUCCACAUAGCAAAUGUCUUCAUUGCCACCCUCUUGUGUUCACAGUACUAUCACCCUAUAGAUGGCGAUUUAUUUACACAUCUUUUCCCUACUGUCAUGACGCCAGUUACCCUUUUUGUUUGUAUGUUAAUCACUGUUGUAUCCAUAUUCUGUAUCUGGCACCAUCCUUUGCAACACAAAGAUGAUAUGCAUGAUAUGUUGAAGCCUUGGGGGAGAAUCAUGCCAAGUCUGGACUUUGCUUUGUCUUAGCAAUUAAUGUGACAUUGAGAACUAAACCAAUUUAAAUUAAACUAAACAAGGUGCCGAUUGUACAAUCCAGUUUGAUCAAUGUCUCCUCAGCACUUUGAGCAUUAACACAGCUCAUUAGUCUUCCUUUUGUAGAGCAUGGUUGGGAGGGAAAUGUGCAUGCAUAUCUACUUUCCUCCCCCUUGUCCUCAUUUCAUCCAUUCUCUCUCUUCACUCACACACAUUUUUUUGCUUCCAUCUUCUAUCUAUAUAUACAUUUUUAAAUACAGUGCCUGGUUUGUUUAACCAAUUUGCCGCUUGAAAGCUGUUAAAAGUGUUGCUCUAGUUUUGUUGUUGCUCUUCUGUGUAGACUUGCAAAACUCUUCAUGGUGUCUGAAGCACAUCCUGCUUUUAAAAGGGUAACUGCAAAACUAUAAAAA